GAACUUCACGAGUGUCAAAUAUAAAGUCUAUAGAGGAACUUCCAUCGCCGUUUUGGUUAUUUUUGACGUUAUAUACAACAUAGUACACGUUUGUGCCAAGAAAGAACCUGUCAUAUCAUGGGAGGCACAUUUCGUUGGGGGAGCAACCGGGCUGCUCAUGGGAUUCGUCAUUUAUCGAUGCCACGAUAAAACCGAGAGAAUGGCGAAGUUUAGCAUUAUCAACAAAUCUCUUUUUUGGAUUGGACUUAUAUUUUUCGCCAUUCUCUUCAUCUCUUUUGUGAUAUUAUGUGUUCAAAUCAAGAAAUGUACUCCCGUUAAUGUAAUUCAUGUUAGAUAUGUAUAUUUCUGUUGAAAUUUUAGACUAUUGUUCUGAUUAGUGGAAUUCAGUGUUUGAUACUUUUUAUACAUUUUUAACCAUUGUUUAUAAUGAUGUAAUUAUGAUUAGAUACGUAUGUUUGGGAUCUCAUAGACUGGAAAAAAUCCAUCCAUAUUUUGAUAUUGAAUAUUUUAGAUACCGCAAAACGGGACAUUUUCGAUCAAAGUCAGUGGUUUAUUCGACAUUUUGUUCCAUUUAAAACAUUUCAAGAGCAAACAUAUAUUUAUCACGUACAAGGUUAGGAGACUACAGUUUUCAACUACAUCUUCCUGUAGAAUAGAGUCUUCGUUUUCCACAUUAAAAUAAAAUUAUUUAAAAUGAGAUACUUUCAA